AUGUCUUCUGGUUUUGUUGUUCUAAAGUCGAUCUUGAACAGGUAUAAUGUUUUGUCGAACUUAUUUCCAUUAAACAUUGUCUCUGCUAGGUUUUAUAUAACGUUUUUGACUAUACUUUGUCUGCAAUUUUAAUCGAGUUUUUUAAGUAAAAUUGCCGAUCCAUACGACAUGAGUCCCGUAUGAGCGAAGUCAAAGAACUUGCUAUCCCGUGCAUGCAUCAAAAUGACUUCAAAUUGAACUUGAUUUCUGUUCUAAUUUAAUGAAUUUUUGCAAAAUUGUGAAGCCAAUGGCAAUGCAUGUGAAAGUUUGUUCUACAAUUAAACUAUAAGAUGAGAAGCAAUGUCGCGUUAAGUCUAAACCAGGAUUUUUUUACACAUCCGACGUCUAUGUAAAAUUUGAUUAAAUACUCAUUAUUCUUAUUUUUUCUAUUUUAGAUCGCACUGUUCACCAGGCCUCAACCUGGCCCUUACCACAUCAGGUGGUAAACCCGCACUGGGCGGUCAAGUAAUUUUUUUACUCUGCACUUUUUAUUUUACUACCCGAAUUUUUUACAUGCAUAGUCGUCAUCAGGACACAUGACUUUAGGUAGACGUGCUUUUGCAUGCUGAAAUAUUUCAUUCAACUAGUGAUUUCGAGGUGUUGGAUAAAAUUUGGAGAAAAUUCUAUAGACCAGGAGUUGGUAUAUAUCAAGCAGCUAGAAUAUAUCUACCUUGUAUAAAUGUAACAAAUUUUCUUCUACCAAACUGAGGAGAGUUGCAUGAAGUAUUUCACGGUGCAUGCAUUAGCGUGUUUACAAGAGGAGUUGAGAGAGCCCUGCUCAUCUUUCUUGACAAACGUUUAGAACCACAAGAACUAGGCUCUGUUAGGAUUCCAGUUAAGGCCACAACAUAACGAGUGAAAUAAAUUCGUUAACUAGUUAGGUUAGGACUGAAGCGUGAAAACGCAUAGUUGACCCCUCAGGAUCGAUCCCCAACACGUUUCCGCAAUAGGACUUUUAUUUUUGUUAUCUUGGAUGUGCUGUUGGGUAACUGGAUUAUUACACCUUGGAUUAUUACAUAUUGUGGAUUAUAUUAUCAUGUGGAUUAUAAUACAUCAUUGUGGAUUAUAUUAUACAUUAUUGUGGAUUAUUAAACGUACAACAUCAUUGUGGAUUAUGGAUUAUUAUUACAGCCGCCGCAGGGAAGGAUGAGUCCGGUAUCUCAUCCAGAAGAACGAAGACGUCGCGAGGUUAGAGCUGUGUAACCCUGGUGGUAAAAAAAGUUAUCGACAUUUUCGUAUUUCGGACUUUGUGCAUGUUUCAACGAAACCUGGUUUAGUUGCACGUGUUAGGAAACCUGAAGAUAUAGGUAUAAUGCCCCUCCGGCAGUAAAGCGAAGUGACUCCCUACCCCAGCCCCCCCCCCCCUGCAUGCGUGAGAAAAGACCUUUACUGUCAGGGGGAGGCCAUGAAAUUUUAUAAUGGAUAAACUGCAUAAUGAAAUAUCAUUCCCCUAGCAUAAAUACUGCACGAUGCAUGAUAUAUUUUCUUGAAAAUUUUUUUGAAAAGCAUGCAUGCACCACCAGGGAAUUAUAUAAGUGUGUUGUGUGUUUAUUAUGAUUACGUGUGUGUGUUUAUAUUAUUGUGCAUGUCGUUAUCUGCAUGUAUAUAUGAGUUACAAUUCGGAAUUUUCGGUGCGCGAUAGGAUAAGGUGCGCUGAUAAAGGGGGGAUGCCCCAUAUUGUAAAUAUCAUCCAUAAUAACGAUUAGGCUAUAGGAAUAUAUUUAUGAUUAGGUGAAUAAGUAAAUUAUGAAAUAAUUGUUACUUAUAAAUGUAUACUAACGAGCUACAGUUCGAGAUAUUCGGUGCGCGAUGCAGGUUAAGGCGGCAAAACGCGUUGAUAAAGGCGGGCGGGGAGGGGUUGCCCCCGGAUAUAUCAAAGAUUAUAUUAUAGGAUGUGAUAAAAUAUAUAGACAUGCAUGCUUACAGUAUACUUAGAAAUUUGGCAUCAUAUUUGUCAAAUUUGAUUUCUUAGAAAAAAAUUCAGAUUUAAAACUUAAGAAUGUAUGCAAAAUUAUGCUAGUAAAUUUGGCAUCAUAUUUGUCAAAUUUGAUUUUUUAGAAAAAAUUCAGGAUUUAAAACUUAGUAAUGUCAUACAAAAUUAUGCUUGUAAAUUUGGCAUCAUAUUUGUCAAAUUUGAUUUCUUAGAAAAAAUUCAGGAUUUAAAACUUAGUAAUGUCAUACAAAAUUAUGCUUGUAAAUUUGGCAUCAUAUUUGUCGAAUUCAUUUCUUUAAAAAAAUACAAUCUACAAGAAAACAGCAUAAACUGCAUGCAACAAGAAAACAACAAGAAAACAGCAUAAACUGCAUGCAUGCCUGAAAAUUUGGCAUCACGUUUUUCAAACUUGACUUUUCUUUAAAAGGUAGAAUUGACAGCAAUAAAAAAAGCAGUAUAAACUGCAGCUUUGUGUUUGGCAUCAUACUUGUCAAACAUAAUUUCUUUAAAAAAUUCUAGAAAUAUAAUAAAUUAUUUAAUUCCAGCAAAAAAUACAAAAUAUAUUUUAUAACAAUUUGACAUCAUAUUUGUCAAACUUGAUUUCUAUGAUAAAAAAUUCGGAAUACACAUCACGUGCAUAUACUGUAUAACACAUUUAACGCAUAACACUGAUCUAUAUAUGAAAUAAUAAACUGUAGUUCUGCGGCAACUAUAGUGUUAUAUUGUAGUAUAACUUGUAAAUAAGUAAAUGAUUUUUAAUCAAAAUAAAAGAACAAAAACUGUUGUGUACAUGUCUCUUCCUUCACGAGGUAUUAAGUCCCUCGGGGCCCCCUAAAAGUAACUUCGUAAACUAAAUACUCUCAGAAAUAUUCUUAUAGAUUUUCAUGGGAUGAAAAAAUAAGAAGUUCAAGAAUCUCGAUUCUAUCGAAUAUCAAGAAUGAAAAGCAUUCGAAUACAUGAUGUUCUAUUAUUAGGAAGACGACCUAACUUUUUUUUAAAUUUGUAAUAGCUAAAUAUUUGUUCAAAUCAAUAAAAGCUCAGAAAUUUUGGUCUAUAGUGUUUCUUCUUUAAUUGACAAGAUAGUGCCCCUCCCCCAGUUUAAAUUCUUAAACUAAACACUUCUCAAGUUUUCUUAUAGACCUAUAUCGAAUACAGAAUUCCGAAGUUAAAGAAAAUCUCUACUCUUCCAAAUAUCAAGUUGAAAGGCAUUCGAAUGCAUGUUAUUCUAUUCAAGAUUAAUAAUAGCUGGAAUUUUACGAGAUGGAAGAUGACCCAAAUUUUUCUACAAUUUGUAAUAGCUAAUUUUUUGUUAAAAUCAAUAAAAGCUCAGAAUUUUGGUCUAUAGCGUCUCUUCUCUAAUUGAUAGGAUAGUGCCCCCUCCCCGCUAUUUAAAUUCAUCUAAACGUUUCUCUAGUUUCGUUAUAGACAUGCAUCGAACACAAAAUUCAGAAUUCAAGUUGAAAGAUAUUUGAUUCAUGCAAGGUUGAAUAAAACACAUGCGGAAGAUCACCUUGUAUGCAUUUUGUAAAACUUGUAAAUACAUGUAGCUAUUGGCUGAAUGAAAUUGUAAAAAUCUUCAUGAAUAUUGACUCGAAAGACGUUUCAAUUCAUGAUGUCCUGCUCAAAACUGAACAAACGAGAAUUUUACGAUAUCGAAGAUUACUUGAAUUUUGUCAAACUUGUAAUAAGACUAAUAAGUAAAUGUUUUUUAAACAUCAGUAAAAGCUGAAAAUCGUUGUGACCACGUGUUUUUCUCUCUAAUUGAUAGGACUAAUUAGUAUUGUAGGUGGGUUUCCCCAAUUGUUUAAACUCUUACGCUAAACACUUUCAAGUCUUUUUUAGACUUUCGUAAUUAACGAAACCCCGAGGUUCUUGAUAUGGAAGAUGCUUCAAUUUUGUAAAACCUGUAAUAGCUAAAUUUUGUGUUGAAAAUCAAUAAAAAAGCUCAAACAUUUGUCUGUGGUUUUCUUCUCUAUUGAUAGGAUUAAUAUUAAAGGUGGGGUCCCCCAACUGUUUAAAUUAGUACACUAACAUUUUUUCCAAGUUCUAGAUUUUCACCCAAUGCAAAAUCCAGAAGUUCAAGAAAAUUUUCAUGGGUAUCAAGUUGAUUAAAGACCGUUUAUUCACUUCAUGAAUGUUCUGUUCAAGAUUCAACAAAACCAGAGGUUCAUGAUAUGGAAGAUGCUUCAAUUUUGUAAAACUUGUAAUAGCUAAUUUUUUGUUGAAAAUCAAUAAAAAGCUCAAACAUUUGUCUCCUUGUUUUCUUCUCGAAUUGAUAGGAUUAAUAUUAAGGGAAGGGUCCCCCAACUAUUCCAAUUCGUACACUAACAUUUUUUUCCAAGUUAUCCUAGAUUUUCACCCAAUGCAGAAUUCAGAAUUGCAAGAAAUGAAUGUUCUGUUCAAGAUUCAACAAAACCCGAGGUUCAUGAUAUGGAAGAUGCUUCAAUUUUGUAAAACUUGUAAUAGCUAAUUUUUUGUGGAAAAUCAAUAAAAAGCUCAAACAUUUGUUUCCUUGUUUUCUUUUCUAAUUGAUAUAAUUAAUAUUAAGGGUUGGGUCUCCCAACUAUUCCAAUUAGUACACUAACAUUUUUUUCCAAGUUCUCUCAGAUUUUCACCCAAUGCAGAAUCCAGCAGGGAAAAUUCAGAAGUGCAAGAAACUGUUCAUGGAUAUCAAGUUGGUUAAAGACGUCUAUCCAGUUCAUGAGUGUUCUGUUCAAAAUUCAACGAAACCAGAGGUUCAUGAUAUGGAAGAUGCCUCAAUUUUGUAA